GAAGUUUUAUUACAAGGGACUGUUCUUUAGCAAACACCGUUUGUUAAAUGCUUGCUAACAACCAUGAGGUUGAUUUGUGGUGUAAAUAUUUUAUGUGGCCGUGUCUUCACACCCAGCAAUCAACGAUGGACCCUACAUUCUGUAAAGUUGCGGUUUAUAUCUCCUGAAACGACCUCAUCUUUGGUAAAGCUUUCAGAGCAUAGACAGAGGAGACCCAUAAAAAAAGCAGAGAAAAUUAGUCGAGCCAUGCUUGCCUAUAUCGAACGAGCAAAAGCACAUGAUGCACAAAUGAAAGAAGAAAUUGCACAGUAUGAAAUUGGUAAAAGACAUUUGGCCAAUAUAAUGGGAAAAGAUGCCGAGACUUUCACGCAAGAAGACAUAGAUAAAGCUAUUGAAUAUCUGCUACCAUCUGGUUUAUAUGCUAAAAGAGCCAGGCCAUUGAUGAAGCAUCCUUAUGAAAUUUUCCCACCACAAAAAAGUGCUCAGUUCGGAAUGGAUGGACGCCCUUUCCACUGGUUAUUUUAUACAGCAAAGCCCAACUAUUAUAAUAUAAUGUAUGACAUUGUGUGGAAAAUUGAGGCUUUGAAGAAAAAAGAAGAUGAAUCAUAUGCACAAACAACAUUAUUUACAAAACCAAAAGAAAUAAAUUUAAAAAGUAGCGAAUGGAUCGACUUGGAUCGUUUGAAGCAAAUAGUUUUAGAAAAAAUCACUGAUGAAGAUUAUAACAACUUCAUUAAUCUAAUGGAACGUCUGGUCUCUCAGCAAUUUAGUGCCACAGAAGAGGAAUUCAUUUUAAAAUACAGAAAGAAAUAUGAAAACCAGCUUUCACAAAUUCAACUUGAAACCCCUCUUAUUGAUGAAGAUGGUCGCCAGUAUGCAAAAACCGUAGGGAAAAGAAAAUCAUGUCUGACUUCUCUUACGCUGUGGAUUCAAGGCAGUGGAAAGUUUAUAAUCAAUGGUCAAGACUUACUUUACUUUAGAUCUAAAUCAUCAAGAGCACAAUUGCUGUAUCCACUUCAAUUUGUGAAGAAAAUUGGAGAAGUUGAUGUGGAAGCUACUGUAGAAGGUGGUGGCCACACCAGUCAGGCUGGUUCCAUUCGAUAUGCAUUAUCGAAGGCCUUAGCUUCUUUUAUGGACAGUGCAACAGUCGAGAAGAUGAGAUUGGCUGGACUUUUGAUGAGAGAUUUGCGCCGCAAAGAACGUAAAAAGCCUGGUCAACCAAAAGCUAGGAAAAAGAGUACUUGGAAAAAGCGUUGAAAAAAUAAUGAAAGUAUUUGGAUCAAUGCUGUAAAACAGCCAUGUUUUAUUGCUUUCAGAGUGAAUGUAGCUGUAAAAUAAAAGGUUUUAUAUAACAAAAAAUUAAUAUAUAAUAGAAAUAAAUAAGUUUAACGAAAA